AUGAUUCAAGAUCGGUUGAUGAUCAGUGAUGAUAAAACCGAGUUUUUGUUGGUCGGCACACGACAACACCUUGAUAAACUAGAUUCGUGUUCCAUUACUGUGGGCAAUAAUCGUAUCAGUCCAAGCCCUUGUGUUAAAAACCUUGGAUCAUGGUUUGACAGCAACUGAAGCAUGACUGAUCAUAUAAACAAGGCUUGUAAUGCGGCAUUUUAUCAUUUACAUAACUUGAGACGUAUUAAGAAAUACCUGUCUAGAGAUUUUUUAAUUACUUUGGUUCAUGCUUUUAUAACCAGCCGUCUUGACUAUUGUAAUGGUUUAUUGUUUGGGUUAUCAAAGGCGCAGAUCGCUAAAUUACAACGUUUGCAAAACGCAGCAGCGAGACUUAUUCCCAAGGGAGAGAUGCUUACAACAUUGGGAUCAAGAUCAUUUUCAGCAGCUGCUCCGAAACUCUGGAAUGGCCUACCAGUGGAGCUUCGUCAAGCAACAUCACUUAACAGUUUUAAAUCU